AUGGCUGCCAACCAGCGCAAAUUGGAUCUCGGAAAUGUGCUGGUCGUCGGUGGCUGCGGCUUCCUGGGGUGGCACAUCACCGAUCAUCUCCUGAACUUCCCUUCGGAGACCGACCCCAGCGUCGCACUACCGAAGCCCACCGGUGACACGCGCUUCGACUUCCCAACCCUGGGUUCUCGCUAUCCAACCUACAAGGCGAACGUUUCGGUCGUCGACCUGCGCACGGCGAACAACCGUCUCCCCGGCGCGACCUACUACGAUGGCGACAUUACCUCCGUCGAGUCGAUGCUCGAGGUCUUCCGCGCCGCCAAGCCCAACCUGGUUAUUCACACUGCGACCCCCUCCGUUCUCGACGGUAACAAGCCUUUGCUGUACAAGGUGAAUGUGGAGGGAACCCGUACCCUGCUGGAGGUUGCCGGUGGCGAGCACGGUGACUGGGGUGGCAAGUGCAAGGCCUUCGUCUACACUAGUUCCAGCUCGGUGGUACACGACACCCAGAGCGACCUGAUCAAUGUCGACGAGCGCUGGCCCUACAUUCGCGGUAAGAUGCAGCAGGAGUACUACUCCGAGACGAAGGCCGACGCCGAAGAGAUCGUCUUGAAGUACAACCGUCAAUCGCCUACUGGAAUGGUCACCUCCGCGAUUCGUCCUGCCGGCAUCCACGGCGAAAAAGACACCACAGUUACUCACAAGAUCCUGGAACACGGCGCCGCUGCCUCCAAUUUCGUUCUGCGCAUGCAGCUCGGCGAGAACGACAACCUGUUCGACUUCACCUAUGUCGGUAACGUCGCGUACGCACACAUGCUAGCCGCCGCUAGACUGCUGGCCAGCUAUGACCGCUAUGAGUCUGGCCAGGGCGGGCCCCUGGAUCACGAGCGAGUGGAUGGCGAAGCUUUCAACAUCACCAACGACCAGCCCAUCUACUUCUGGGACGUGACACGCGCCAUGUGGGCGUUGAUCAACCGGGUUGUCGAGCCGCAUGAGGUUUACUCCCUGCCGGAGGGGCUGCUGGGGACAAUUGGUGGGAUUGCGGAGACGGUGCUUGGCUUGCUGGGCAAGACCCCUCGUCUGACCCGUCGGACGGUGCGGUACUCGUGCAUGACUCGGUACUACAAUAUCGAGAAGGCCAAGUUCCGUCUGGCUUAUUCGCCCGUGGUCCCCGUCAAUGAGGGUAUUGCCCGUGCGGUUGGGUAUGUUGUUGAGAAGCAACGCCAGGAUGAGGGAAAGAAGGGCCUUUAA